GGGGGCGGAGCUGGCGUCGCCCGGGGGCGGGAGGGCCACCGCAGCCCGACAGGGCAGGCAGGCGGACAGGCUAGAGAACCCGCAGAGCAAGAGGACCAGCAAAAGGAGGCGGCCCAGCAAGCUGGGGAUGUGACCCGCAGCCAAACGAGGACUCGCGCUCACCCACCGAGGCAGACCCCGGCAUCCUCAGGUCUUGCCCCUGGACACUUGGCCCUCAGCCCAGCCUGGCCAUGGCGUUGUGCCUGAAGCAGGUGUUUGCUAAAGACAAGACAUUCCGGCCACGGAAGCGCUUCGAGCCGGGCACACAGCGCUUUGAGCUGUAUAAGAAGGCACAGGCAUCACUCAAGUCGGGCCUGGACCUGCGCAGUGUAGUGAGGCUGCCGCAGGGCGAGAACAUUGACGAUUGGAUCGCCGUGCACGUGGUGGACUUCUUCAACCGUAUCAACCUCAUCUACGGCACCAUGGCCGAGCGCUGCAGCGAGACCAGCUGCCCGGUGAUGGCUGGAGGGUCACGCUAUGAGUACCGCUGGCAGGACGAGCGCCAGUACCGGCGGCCAGCCAAGCUGUCGGCACCACGCUACAUGGCCUUGCUCAUGGACUGGAUUGAGGGCCUCAUCAACGAUGAGGAUGUAUUUCCCACACGCGUUGGAGUCCCCUUUCCCAAGAAUUUCCAGCAGGUCUGCACCAAGAUCCUGACCCGCCUAUUCCGUGUCUUUGUCCACGUCUACAUCCACCACUUCGACAGCAUCCUCAGCAUGGGGGCUGAGGCACAUGUCAACACCUGCUACAAGCACUUCUACUACUUCAUCCAAGAGUUCAGCCUGGUGGACCAGCGGGAGCUGGAGCCAUUGAGGGAGAUGACAGAGCGGAUCUGUCACUGAGCCCAGACCUGGACAUUGUUGCCCAUCAGAUGGACCAUCUGAACACUGAACACAGAGUGGCUAGGGGAGGGGACACUUAGUGGCAGAGGAACUUGACGGCCUUGGGACCCCUCCACAUACCCAAAGUCCCUGGACUUCUGGUUCUCAGUAGUCUUGCCCAUGUGUCCCCUGACUGCUUGUGAAUGGAGACGGGGAGAAUUUAAAGGUGGGCAAA